UAAAUAUUCUUCUCUUAUUGCAGGUUUCAUCUUGGGGUGGGUAUGUGUUCCUGAUCAACAUCAUUCCUCUGCACGUGCUAACCCUGAUGAUCACAGGGCGAUUCUCCCACAGAGUUUACGUGGCUUAUUCCACACUCUACGUCAUUGGUACCAUCCUCUCCAUGCAGAUAUCGUUUGUUGGGUUCCAGCCUGUUUCCACUUCUGAACACAUGGGGGCAUUUGGUGUGUUUGGAUUGUGCCAGAUACAUGCUUUUGUAGACUACGUGCGUUCCCGCCUGAACAAGAUACAGUUUGAGGUGCUGUUUCGGGCUGUAAUCUCACCGUUGCUGUAACAGGAAUAUUGGUGCUGGUAGUGCUGACAGCUAUGGGCAAGAUUGCACCAUGGACUGGAAGAUUCUACUCUCUUCUAGAUCCAUCAUACGCCAAGAACAACAUCCCCAUCAUUUGCCUCCGUGUCUGAGCAUCAGCCCACAGCCUGGUCGUCAUUUUACUUUGACUUACAGAUGUUGACAUUCAUGUUCCCCGUGGGUCUAUAUUUCUGCUUCACUAAACUUACAGAUGAGAACAUUUUCAUCAUUCUUUAUGGUGUUCUCAGCAUAUAUUUUGCAGUA